CCUUUCUUUUUUACUUUUUCGUCCCUGUGUCUUUUAUCCAACGAUUUUAUUUGCGCUGUUUCCUUUCUCGAGCGGAAGUUUUUGGUUGCCGGCAACCGGACGAGGGUAAUUUCCGGCAGAGGUCUUCCAGCAGUUUCAUCCUAUGUAAAACCUACGUUACGCGUUUGAAGUUUUAUUUUCCAAUUUCAAUUUCCAGAAAAGAUGCCUCCCAGGAUUGCACAAAUCCGACUUGUCAGUUCACAUCCUCAAGUUUAUGAACCUUGCGAUGAUUCAUAUGCCUUGGUUGAUGCACUGCUGGCUGACAGGACGAAAUUGUUAGAGCACCACCCAACAAUUUGUAUGGAAGUUGGCUGUGGUAGUGGCUACGUCAUUACUAGUCUUGCUCUUAUACUUGGAUCUGAAGCAAGGAAUGCCUAUUAUUUUGCAACUGAUGUCAAUCCUUAUGCUGCAACGGUGACUCGUGAGACACUUGAAGCUCACGGGGUUCAUGCAGAGUUAGUAACCACAAAUAUUGCAUCGGGGCUUGAAAAGCGAUUGUCAGGAUUGGUGGAUGUGAUGGUGGUUAACCCACCUUAUGUGCCAACACCUGAUGAAGAAGUAGGUAGUCUUGGGCUCUCCUCUGCUUGGGCUGGAGGAGAAAAUGGUCGGAAUGUUAUUGAUAAGAUUUUACCAGUUGCUGACAACCUGUUGUCGGAUAAGGGCUGGUUGUAUAUGCUCUUUCUUGCAGAAAAUGAUCCCUUACAGAUUUGUCUUCAAAUGAGAGACAAAGGUUACGGUGCAAAAAUUGUUGUCCAAAGAUCAACAGAAGAAGAAACUCUCCAUGUAAUUAAAUUUUGGCGUGAUCCGGAUAUUCAGAUGGAGGGAAAUGAAGCGAAUUUGACACCAAAAACAGCUCCCCAAAGAGGCUUGGAGUUUCUGCUUUCACAUAUUUCCCGGUUGUCAUUCCGAGAGAGGCAAUAGCACUUCCUGCUGAUCCUUAAAAGACUUUGCACAAGACGGGAUCUUUCACGGAAACAACCGCUCUACUAUUUGGGUAGAGAUGAGGUCUGCAUGCAUCCCCGAAACCACCUGUAGUUGGGACAUACAGCGCUUGUUUGAUUUGGUUGGAUUUUAUAUGAACAUUUUAGGUUAUCCAACUCUCCACAGGGUCACUUGUCAUUUCCGUUUGUUGGACCAAUUCUUCCAUUCCUAUAUUAGUAGUGUUUGUGUACCCAUGGUCUUGCAUUUCUGUCAAUAUGCUUGCAACACUCUUUUGAACCACCACGUUUGAUUUUCAAGAGGACUUCACUUGGGCCUUUGGUGUAAAUU